AUGGAUGAUGAAGCUUUAGUUUAUAAUCUUUGGCGUAUACGACGUACAUCAUUACAAAUUUGUCAUGAUCGUGGUUAUCUCAUUAGUCAAGAAGAACUUGAUCAAUCAUUUGAGCAAUUUAAAGAUACCUAUGGUGAUAAACCAAGUGAAAAUAAACCAGCUCGAUCACAUUUAAAUAUUUUAGUUGCACAUAAUGAUGAUCCUACAAAUACAUUAAUUGUACGAUUUUGUGAUCAACCUAAACUUGGUGUUAAAGAAGUCAAAGAAUUUUGUAGAAAAAUGGAAGAUGAAAAUCUUACAAGUACAAUACUUGUUGUCCAAACAGGUUUAACACCAGUAGCUCGAGAUGUAAUAUCAAACGAAUUAGAUAAUCGAAAAAUUCGAUUUCAAGUAUUUCUUGAAAAUGAAUUAUUAGUUAAUAUUACAGAACAUACUCUUGUUCCAAAGCAUAUUAUUUUAACACCAGAAGAAAAACAAGAAUUAUUACAAAGAUAUCGAUUAAAAGAAAAUCAAUUACCACGUAUUCAAUCUGGUGAUCCAGUUGCUCGUUAUUUUGGUUUAACUCGUGGUCAAGUAGUACGAAUAACUCGAGCUUCAGAAACUGCUGGUCGUUAUAUAACUUAUCGUUUGGUGACUUAA